CCGUCGAGAGUGGAGCGGCCCUCGCCGAGCGCCGGAGCGGCCAGCCCCGGGGACUGAGCCGGACUGGCACGCGCGCCGCUCCCCGGGCAGCCCCGGCGCUGGCCGCGUCCCUCCGCGGCUCCUGGGGGGCUGCGCGACCGAGCCCUCCUCCCGCCCGGGCGCCCCAGGGAGCCCCCCCGGCGUCGCGGCGCCCCUUUCUGCAGGAUUGGGUUCUACACCAUGGCUGGAGCGUAGUCAUAUCCCCCCCCCCCGCCACACGCGCCUUGUGGGCCAGAACGCCACAUGGGCCCGGUGUGGGGGGGGAGCCAUCCAAUGAAAGAGCAGCGACGGGGCUCCCCCUAUUUUGGCCUUGUUAGGAGACUGACGUGAAAGAUGAUUGGUGGCCACUUGAAGGACGUUGCAUGAUUGGCUGUCUUCUAGGAGAGAGAGAGAGAGAGAGCGCCACUGAGAGCGUCACUGGCACGCGUUGCAUGUGGCUGUGACCAGAGAAAGGAAUAAACCAACAGCAGAGAAAACACAACUGGCGGGCGACUGGGUGGGGGCACCCGUCGCUCAGAUCCGGGGGGGUGGAGGGGGGGGAAACAGGACGCAUCCACCACGGAAGGAGCGACUGGAUGCAUCGCACAGUGGAACAGCUCGGGGGCCGUGCUGGACGCGAUCCCUUUUCUGUCGGCAGCCUGAGCUGCAGUGGAGCUUGGAGUUCUUGCCACCCUCGCCCAUGGCUCCCGGGCGGCAGGUGCUCUGCCAGUGUCGGGCAGCCUCAACUGCCUCUGCACCUGCCGCCCAACCAUGGCUCUAACAUGGGGCAACAUGGCAAGGGCUAUUUCCCCCCCGGGAAUCUGGCCCCGCGCCCCUUGCAUGGAAAGCUGGAGGCGAUCCACGGCUGUGUCCAAGCUCUGUUGCGAGACCAGGGACAGCCUCAGCUCUGGGAACAGCUGGGAGAGAUCUAUGAGUCCGAGCAAGACUGCGAGGAGGCUGUUCGCUGCUAUCAGAAUGCAGCCCGCUAUCAGCGUGACUACGGGAGCUACGGCGAGAUGCAUGCCCGAAUCGGGCGCCUGCAGCAGGCUCAGCUGUGGAACUUCCAUUCGGGGUCUUCUCAUCACCGGCCGAAAGCGUUACCCCCCUUGCAACAAGUUUGGAACCUUCUGCACCUUGAGAAGCGGAAUUUCUCGGCCAAGCGCAACCCCCAGCUGAAGAGACCUGGGCCACCGAUGGAGCCACCUGUGGUCCAGCCCAUCCCCCCAGUCCAGCACCCAGCCCACCCUGGGCACGGCGAAGAGAUGCCCGCCCCCAUGAAGAGGCGCAGGAGCACCAGCCCAGACCAGAAUGGCAGUGGGGUAGGCCAGCACCCCCCUGGGCCUGGAGUCCCUGGAAACCCUCAUUACCAGCUGCCUAAACCAGGAUUAUGGAAUCCCCUCCAUGGAGAGACGUGGGGUGUGGAGCGCAAGAGCGUGGCUGCCCCAGAGAGACAAGACCAGAGGAGCUCCGUGGCUCACCCUUUCCCAUACCCGUCUCCCGCCUACGGCUCGCAUCCUCCCCCCCACCGCCUGCCAGCCAUGGCCCCCAGCCCCCGCACACCGCCAGCACACCGAGCCCCUCUCGAGAGCCAUGGCUGCCUGGGCCGGCCCAACGGAAGUGACCUUAGAGACAGCCGAGUCCCCCGGGCACGUCCAGACUCUACCGCCACACCAGCAACUGUUGCCUGCGUGCCUUACGCCCCACGCCCGAGCCCGGGAGGGCCUCCCGUCACCAGCAAGACCACCCCGCGGGGGCAGCCAAACCCUGACAGCCUUGGCCCUGGCCAUCACCAAGCGCCGGCAGCACAGCAAUCGGGCCCUGCCCAGGAGAGCAACGGCCGCAGACCGCCACCGCCGCGCUCGGCGCCUUGCCUUGCUUCCCGCAUGCCGUCCCCUCCCACUAUCACCAGGAGGGCUCCCCCAGCGGUGGCUCCAUCGCCCACUGCCGCACCGUGCCCACCGCCGCCUCCCCCGCCCCCUCCCUUGCCCUGGCUGAAAGGCCCAGCGUUCAGUAACAAAGCAGGCGAAGGAAAAGCCAGCGUGGACCCCCUGGAAGAAAUUCUGUUUGGGUGCGGGGAACCCCAUCGGGGGGAGCCACCUCCCCUCGGGGGCUGUGACUCUGAGUGCAGCUUCCAGGACUCCGCCACCAGCAGUCCGAAAGGGGCCUUCUCUCACCCCAGGGAAGGGGGUGUGGACAAGCCGAGCCCACCAACUUCGGCCAGCCCAGAGGCCUCCCCAUCCUCCGAGUUCUGGCUGUCCAAAAGUGGCAUGGAGGAGAAAGGUUCUGGGGACACAAGAGCCCCGACCCCGACCCCUGCAAUUACCUCAGGAACCUUCAGGCCACCAGAGAGCCCUCCUCAGCUGUCGGCGCUGCCACAACCCCCACUCCUGCCCCCGCCCCCGCCUCCACCCCCACCGCCACACCAGGCCCCCUACCCAAAGACCCCAGACCCAGCAGUGGUGCCCCCAGCCACAGAGGCCUCCCCAUCCCGCCUCUUUGACUUCGCCAGCCCCCCAAUGGAGGAUCAGUUUGAGGAGCCCCCUGAAAUCUCUGCUGAUGGCCUAGCAAAUAUCAUGAAGAUGUUGGAUGAAUCGAUCCGGCAGGGAGAGGAGGAGCGUGAGGAGAGCUUCCCCCCACCGCCUCCCCCUGCCCCACUCCUCCCUAGUCCCCCACCUUUGGCACGACCAAAGCCCCCAACCCCGUCUCCCGCCUCCUUUGAUUACCCCAAGCCCCCCGGGCAGGAUCCGCCUGAGCCACCCUGUUUAUACCGCUUUGGCAAGCGAGACGGAGAAGAGCGGCCCCCGGCUGUGGCGGCGGCGGCAGCAGCAGGGGGCAAGUUCCCCCACCACAGCACUGCUUCUCUGCUCAAGUCUUUGGCCAAUGUCUUGGAGGGGCAGAAACACUCCUAUCGGCCCAAACCACUGGCCCCCCCUGGUGCUAAGAUUGUCCCUCCGGCCAGCGCCAGCCAAAGUGCUGGGCCUCACUUCUCUACCUCAAACCAAGCCUGGUCUGGAGGGGCAGGAGCGGGAGGGGAGCGGGCAGCCACCCCCCCUCCGCCACCCACCACCAGGCCCAUCAAGACAGAGUCAGAGGUACUAGAAGAAAUUAGCCGAGCUUGUGAGACGCUGGUAGAACAGGCAGGGCGUGAGCAGAGCCCCCCUCCGCCAGCCACCCCCCCGCCAGCCACCCCCCCACCCCCGCCUCCUCCCGCUUCCCCUCCAGCGCCUUCCCCACUUCCACCUCCUCCUCCAGCCCCCACACCGCCACCCCCUCCACCCCCUCCACGCCCCAAGGAUGAGUCCCGCAAACGGGAUCGGGAACACCGGCGCCACCGGCGGUCUGGUAAGGACGGUUUGAGGAGGCACCGAGAGAGCAAGAAUCACAAAGAAAAGAACCGGCAAAUUCUGGGCAGCUUGGACGUACAGAGCACUGAAAGCCAGGCCCGAGAAAACGGGGCCAAGCCACCCCCUCUGGCCGCCCCACAGCCUGAGCGGAGACCUCCUGUGAAGAAGGAAGAGGGGACCGCGAGCUCGGGAUCCACCGUCGUGUGUUCCGCCGACCUCCUCAAGCUGCGUUCCUUCACGGAAGGGCCCCCGAAGGAGCUGAAAAUCCGCCUCAUCAAGGUGGAGAGUGGAGAUAAGGAGACCUUCAUUGCCUCCGAAGUGGAGGAGCGGCGCAUCCCCUUGAGUGAGCUCACCAUCAACCAUUCAGCCGCGGAAGUGGUACGCGCCAGCAAGCAUGCCAAGGUGAAGGGGAAAUUUAAGGAGUCUUACCUGUCGCCUGCCCAGUCCGUCAAACCUCAGAUCAACUCAGAUGAAAAGCUCCCCCGGGAUAAACUCAACCCUCCCACCCCGAGCAUAUACCUGGAGAGCAAGCGGGACGCCUUCUCCCCUGUGCUGCUGCAGUUCUGCACGGACCCCAAGAACCCCAUCACGGUCAUCCGGGGCUUGGCUGGCUCCCUCCGCCUCAACCUGGGUCUGUUUAGCACAAAGACGUUGGUGGAGGCCAGCGGGGAGCACGCCGUGGAGGUCCGCACACAGGUGCAGCAGCCGUCGGACGAAAACUGGGACCUCCUAGGCACGAAGCAGGUGUGGCCGUGUGAGAGCAGCCGGUCUCACACCACCAUUGCCAAGUACGCCCAGUACCAGGCCGCCUCUUUCCAGGAAUCUCUUCAGGAAGACAAGGAGAGCGACGAAGAAGAAGCGGAAGAGCCGGACAGCACCACGGAGCCUCCCCCCAGCAACCCCGACCAGAAACCUCACCAGAUCAUCAAGUUUGGGACCAACAUCGACCUCUCGGAUGCCAAACGGUGGAAGCCACAGCUGCAGGAGCUGCUGAAGCUGCCAGCUUUCAUGCGAGUAACUUCUACGGGGAACAUGCUGAGCCACGUGGGACACACCAUCCUGGGCAUGAACACAGUGCAGCUCUAUAUGAAAGUGCCGGGCAGCCGCACACCCGGUCACCAGGAGAACAACAACUUCUGUUCAGUGAACAUCAACAUUGGGCCUGGCGACUGCGAAUGGUUUGCGGUCCAUGAGCAUUACUGGCAAAGCAUCAGCGCCUUCUGUGACAGGCAUAGCGUGGAUUACCUGACUGGCUCAUGGUGGCCCAUCCUCGAAGACCUUUACCAGUCAAACAUCCCCGUCUACCGCUUCAUUCAGCGGCCUGGAGACCUGGUGUGGAUCAAUGCGGGCACUGUGCAUUGGGUUCAGGCCACAGGCUGGUGCAACAACAUUGCCUGGAACGUUGGCCCGUUGACAGCUUACCAGUAUCAGCUGGCCCUCGAGCGCUAUGAGUGGAACGAGGUGAAGAACGUCAAGUCCAUCGUCCCCAUGAUCCACGUCUCCUGGAACGUGGCCCGCACUGUCAAGAUUAGUGACUCCGACUUGUACAAAAUGAUCAAGUAUUGUCUGAUGCAGUCGAUAAAACAUUGCCAAGUCCAGCGUGAGAGUCUAGUGCGGGCUGGAAAGAAGAUCGCCUACCAGGGCCGGGUGAAGGAUGAGCCAGCCUACUACUGCAACGAAUGCGACGUGGAGGUUUUCAACAUCCUCUUUGUGACCAGCGAGAACGGCAGCAAGAACACCUACCUGGUGCACUGCGAGGCGUGUGCCCGCAAACGCAGCUCUUCUCUCCACGGCGUCGUGGUGCUUGAGCAGUACAAGACGGAGGAACUGAUACACAUCUAUGACAGCUUCACUCUGGCUGCGUCACCUAGUUCAAGAUGAGCCAUACCAUGCCUGGACACGGAUGCCUGGGCUGUUCCUCCAAGCUGGCCUCUUCCCCCUCUUCACCAUGUGCAUGGCAGAGGGGGUUGUUCAUAGCCUGGCCCCCUCCUCCCUCCAUAGCAGCUGAGCCUCUGAUCCACUCAUUUAUGCCCGCUCCGAGCCAGGGCGGGACAGAACUGGCGUACCUAGAUGUCUGCCCCCUCUCCCCCACAAUGGAUCCUUUUUAAUUUAUUCUUCAAAAUGAACCUUUUUUCUUCUGGGUGGUGCUGAUUUUGUAUUAAAAGAAAAAAAAACAAGAAAAAACUGGAUUUAAGAAAAAAAAUAAAUAGAAGGGCAAGAGAAAGAGACUGGCCAGGGUGUGCUGGCUGGCUUCUCUGGUGGGAGAGGAAGCGUGGGCCAGUGUCCCGUCCCGUGUCAAAACCCACCGUGCCCGAGCGCCCCCCGAACAAGGGUCUGGGGCUUCGAUACAGAGGAGAACAAAGGACUUUUCCUUCUUCGCAAGAGCAUUACUAUUUCACUUUCUCAAUGGGAUGGAAAGUGAACAUGUGGAACGGAGAGAUGGCUUUUAAUUUGGGGCACGUGGUUUGUGUUUUUUUUUUAAAGCAAACAAUUUUUCUCUUGUUGCAAAAUUUAAAGGAAAAAGAGAAAAAAAACGCAAGCAAGCAAAAAAAAUUAAUACGGGUUUCUUAACACAGGACUUUUUGGGGGGGUUCGUUUCUCUCUCUGGUUGAACUCAUUGGGAGGGAGGAGAGUGUACAUUGAUUUCUAUAUAUUGGCGGGGUGGGCGGGGGGCAAUUUUGCGCGUGUGGUUUUUAACGACGAUGAUGGAUAUUGAUUUCUUACAUCCUUUUAUAUAUUAUAUAUAUAAAAUAUAAGGAGGAAAAAAAUCCUGGUUUGUAUUAGAAACUGCUUUUAAAAAACACAAAACAUAAAAACACACACAGAGAAAGGAGUCCGGUGGAAAUGUUUGUGCAAGGCACCAGGGAAUUCCUGUGCAGCGAGUUGCAAUGGUGAAAACAGCCCUGUGAGAAGGGCUUGGUGCUGGCCCCAAAUCAGACACACGGGUAGAUGGGAGAAUAUUUUGCAAAAACGGGGGAGGGAGCUUAUUCCUCUCCCCCCUUUCUUUAGGUGGUCUCUUAGCCCACCCUUGUGCCAUUUUGGACUGGGGAGGUGUAAUGGGACCCUUCAUGCUGUCCUUAAUCCCCUCUUCCUUACCUGUGAAAUCCCCUUAACUCUGCCCAACCCUUCAAAUCCUUUAACUCUUCCCUCUCCACCUUCUUUUUUCUCACUCAAACCCGCCCCCUCUUCUAAACUCUGCAUGCUUUAGGCUCUAAAGUUCUCACUCCCAAUUCAUAGUUUUAAAACCAGAAAUGUCUCAGAUUUGGGGUAAUUUUUUUUUGUUUUUCUUUUAUAUAUAAGUAUAUUUUGUGUGUGUGUUUGUACCUCCAUGCCUCAGAAUUGUUUGCAAUUUUGUAAAUGUUUUCUUUCUCUCUUCCUUCUUUUAAUUUAUAUGUCCUCUUUUUUGGUAAUGAUUUCUCUAUUUAUUGGUCCUUUAUUGGGGUUUGAUCCAACUUUUUUUAAAAAGAAUCUUUUUACAAUGCUGUUGUAUCUGUUUUUUAUUUUUAAAAUCUUUUUGUUUGUUUUUGUUUCGACUUCUCUCUGGAAUUUUUGUUUGAAUUUCUGAUUUUUUUUGGUCUGUUAAUAUUUUCCUUGACAUAUGGUGCUCAGUCUUCUCAUACGGGGGGCGGGGGGGGGGCGUUUAAUCCUGAAUCAUCUGUUGAUUUCCUUUUUUUAAAGCAGACUCACCCCACCCUGCAUUGUAGAGCUCUCUUCCUUCCGAAACCUGCACUUUUUAAUUUCCCGAUUUUUUUCUUCUUCUCACAAACACACUGAAACAAAACAGAUGAACAUCUAGCGUCUUUGGAAACAAAAAUUUAAAAAAGGAUUCUUAUUGUACUGUAGGGGACAAGGAUAAACAAAUCUUAUUUUGUAAAUGUAAAAAAAAAAAUUAAAUUAACUCACAGAGAUAAAAGAA